GGCGCUCUCCAACUGAGGGGCCUUGGAUAUAAACACUCUCUAAUUAUACGGCGCUUUUCAAGCCUGUUUAGACAGGCAAGGGUCCUGAGACAGGCCCAAAACGGCGCGCGGCCAUAACGGCGCAAAGCCUGCUUCAAUAUCUUCUAUUCUUUCCAAGUUUAGUAUUCAAUGAUUGCUAUCAUCGAGCUAAGGAGAUUGGUACCAAAAUUCAUAAGGGCUAGACAUUUCCCAGCAAGUUGUAGCGUUGCGCCUUUAUGGCCGCGCGCCUUUUUGGGUUUUACCCCUUUUAAGCUAUCCCAAUUAAAAGUCAGUCUAAUUGACAGAGGAAUGUUGCAAAUAACUUCUUUAUUAUAUCAUCGAUAUCCUUUUAAAAUUACUAAAAUUUUAUUUUCUUUUUAAAUUUUUCACUAGGUAUGUACCUCAACAACAAAAAAAUUCAUUUUAGCCCUUAAAAUGAUUAAACAAAAAUUGGGGUUUUUUACAACAAUACACAUAAAUAUACUCUACUAAAAAGCAAUCCUUUCUUUUCUAUAUAAUUUGAGCUUCACUCUUUUUACUUUAUUUAUUUUUAUAUUUCUUCUCAAUUUUCUACAUCUGCUUUUCCUUCCUCAAUUUACCAACAUUUUCCCUUGUUUAUGAAGGGACAUUUCGGCGCAGCCCUCUUCAUUCUCUACUUGACGCCCUUUUUUGCGCCAAAUUGUCUCUUGUUUACAUUUUCGUCAGAAGCGGACAUUUCGGCGCAGAAAUUUUAUUUUCCUCGUGGCGCCGAGUCUUAAGCGCCGAAAGAUCCUCCCUCGUUUUAUUACUUAUCGAGCACUCAACGCACUCUGCUCUCUCUUCUUUUAAACAUUUCUCUCUCUCUUCUUUUCUAAACCACUCCUCCUCCUUCCCCGGCCCUUCAGGGGCCUUCAUUCUUUAUGCUCCUCCCUUCUCCCACCACUACAUUUGCUUCUCCUCAAUACUUUUUUCCCUUCAUUUUUCCUUUUCAGCUGCUU